AUGCUGCAGUACAGUGAUGCUCCAAUUCCUGUUGAUGAGGCCGAAGCAAGGGAAUCCAAUGAUGUGGUCCCAAAAUUCGUAGAGGCUGUUCAAGCCAGACCUGCCUUAUGGGACCACACAUUGCCCUUAAAAAAUCGAGGAAGCGAUGUUAGGGAGAAGUUGUGGAUGGAUGUCCAUAUUGAAAUAAAUGGGUCUCUUCCAUUAAACCAACUCGAUAAAAAAAAAUAUACACCAUCUGGGUCAGGCCGAUAUGAAAAGGGGAAAAAGUGGAAAUAUUUUGAUUUACUUUUCUUCUUGGCAGAAAAGAAUGCUCCAAGACCCACCCAUUCAAAUAUUAUAAAGGAGACACAAGUUCCAUUAAUGUCUUCGUCACCAUCGUGCUCCUCUUGGAGUUCAAUUGAUAGAACCCCAUCUUUAAAACGAAAAGAAACCAGUGACAAACAUGAGGACCUCCUUCAAAACCUACUAGUUAACUGUUCAGUCGAUCUUGGAAAAAUUGCCUGUCAGGGUGAGAAUGCAGGCAGAGAUUGA